GGCACUGGGGAUGAAAGGUCACGCACUGCGUUACUCACACUUACGUUAUUACAGUCACGUCUAAGUUUGCGUUUAUCGUGUCGUGCAGUGGAAAAGACAAUCAAUUCUGGCUAAGAAGCGAAAUGAACGACCUUGAGAGCAAAUUCGGCAAGUUGUUUUGCACGUGUGACACGUGCUCGAUGAGAAUGGUGCGCGAAAUCGAGAAAAGACUUCCGCCAGGACAGCUACCCCCAUACGUGGCCCAUGUGCCCCCCUCCCUGCCCCGUUAUUCCUAUCCCCAGCAACCGUCCCGCCAACCUCACUACCCCUCCCCUGACCACCCAUCAUCUUCUAACCCCUCCCCCGUAGUGCAACCAUCGCCAAACGUCCAUCCCCACAGUAGUGUACUUCAAAACCCUCCCAUCCCCUCCACUCCGGUUUCUCGCUCUGUUGCGGAUCCCCAGUUCCCGCCCCACAUACAGGUGUAUGGCAGGGAAGCCUAUCGAGUGUCGGCAGCCGAUCAGUUGCGGGCUUUGUCAAGAUCCCAUAGUCACGUGAUGCGUUCUUUGCCAACUGAAAGAAAAAACACCCAUCACCCGUACUUGAGGCAGGUAGUACGACCCCACACAUCACCCGUCCCACGCACGACGCAAGCGAACCUGAAAACCUCUGCUACGUCGAAGUAUGCAGAUGGUGAUGCCGGAGGAGUGGCAUACGACCAUGACAGGCUACCGCGAAUUGUUGCGGUGCAUUCUAUCAUUCACUAUUCCCCGAGUGGCGCAGCGAGCUCACAACCAGUCUACAUUAUUCGUGCACAUCCCUCCGAGCUGUCGCUGACCACUGAUACCGAGGCGCAGCAAAAUGCACAUCCGCUGACAAUAAAACUCAAGGCGCGGGAAGGCUUAGGCAAUCCGAACGUUGAUUGCAAGAGGGAACAGAGGCUUGGCGAUCAAGCCAACGUCAAACAAGAAAAAGUCAGCAUCUCCGGUUCAUGUGUCCACGCAUCUCAGCUCAUUCAACAUUCACAAACACUCGAAAGCAAGGACAGGGUAAAUACUGAGAUCGACCAGAAAACUGUCACGUACUUGAAAACAGAUUGCAACGAAGAUGGCAUGAAGAAAGACAAAACCAAAGACAAAGGCUCUUAUCGUAUUGGUGUUCAAAAACACACUCACAAGAGUCAUGCCAAACUCCAACAUCAGACUGAUGCGACUCCGCCAGCAGACAAAAGCAACGUCUUUGAUUCCUCUUGUGAGGGUAAAUGGAAAAAGGACGGUUCUUUGGUGAAAGAACCUCUAAACUCAAGAUUACGUGAGAGUAUUAAACCUGCAAACGACGACACUAUUCCUUCUGGCACGGACGAUAUUGAAUGUGAUAAUGAGAUGCCGAAUGAGGGGAACAAGAUACGAUUCUUCACCGGCGCGUGGCAUCCGGGACAUUCUGACGGUAGAUCUCAAGAGACUGGGACCAACAAUUCCGAGUCGCGAGGGACUGAAACAAGUGACUUAAAAUCUCAAGGCAAUAAUAUCAGCGAAAGCGAAUCACAGAAAAAAGGAGUCCGGAAAAAGAGCGUUAGAGAGAUGAGAAGUGCUUCCACCAAUACCAAAAAUCGCAGCCGAGCCUCUCGUAAACUGAGACCUAAAGCGAAAGAUAAUAUUACCAGGAGUCCCAAGCCGGCAAGUGAUGAAAUCGAUAAGAACUCCAAGGUUUCUGGAAGUAGCACGAACAUGAACAGCAGUAUAUGCAGUAAGGAGCCUCAAGAGAUUAAAGAAGUUCAGAAGACAGCCACGCCUGAUUCAGUUGUCAUGGCAACUGUCAACACGGACAGACAAGAUGUCGAGGUGGAGCUAGACGCUCCUAACAAAUCCCCUCAAGCAGGUAAUGGCUUCCAGGAAGAUGUUACCAUGGAAACGGAGAAUGUGACGUCACGAGUGUACCGUCUGUUGAAGCCCGAAAUCGAGGUUAAUGAGGAGGAGGGCAGGGUUUACCUGAAGUCGAGGACAUUUCGUUGGGAUCCUUACUCUAGAAUGUCAACGCUUAAAGCUCUGUUGCAGCGUAUGGAACAGCUGAAGAUACAGAUAGUGCAAGAAACGUGUGAGAUCAAGAAACGCGAGAAAUUGAGCAGGCUGGUCCUUCUUAGGAAGAAAGCCAUCGUCGUACAUGAAGAUGUAAAAGCAGCAAUAAAUAAACAUAAUGAAUCCGAGAAAAAUGCAAAGAAAUGUCCUGGUGACAAGCAGAAUAAAGGCGUGAUUAUUAGUAGCGUGACAGAAGAUCCACAAUGUUUGAAUGGUAAAAGGAAGCGUUUGACGCGUGACGUUGAUAGCGGGACGGAAGACAAGGAAUCGGGUCCUAGGACUGAGGUUUCUUCAGAGCCAAUUCCUCCCAAGAAGAAGAUGCUUCUUCAGGUUACUAUCGUUGAUGACGAUGACGCCGAUGAGACUAUGGUAGAGGUAGGCGCAAUCGAGAGGCUACACACAAACUCCUCGCCUGUCAAUCAAGGUCAAGUUAACACUGCCGUCGUCAAGCCUGAAGAUCACAGUUGUCAUGGUGAUGUUUCCCCAGUUUGCGACACUCCGCCAAUAAUUUCAAAACCUAUAUCGCUUGACCAAUCACCUGCGUACUCAGAUGCAAAGUCAUCGGAGCCCAUCGUGACAUCAGAAGAUGACGUCGGUGGUGAACCAGGCCACGCCUCCCAAAUGAGAGACUUGAAAAUUCACAACUUGUACGAGAAACAAAGAAAGCUUAUAGAGGCCGUGAAACGAAUCAGUCUUAGUAGGCUUAACGUAACUGAUGGUCACGUAACAAACCCCGUCACGCGUGACGCUUAGAGACCUAAACAGUGAAUUUUAAUCUCGUUCAAAGAAACACUCAUCUUAUUUUUAUGCCGUCAUUGUUACGUUGCUGUUACAGGAUUUUGAGUUUGGUAGUUUGAUUCUCAGACUGUUGUAUAAUAAAUGUGUAAGAGUUUACAAUAAACUCAACAAUUUCAAGUA